AUGGCAUUGUCCCUCCCGCGAUCAUCACCCCUUGAUAACAUUCAUGCCGCUCUUGCUCUAUCAUCUAAUUUGCAGCAACUGAUUUCAAAAUUUUUGUCGGAUCCUUUGGCAUUUUCGCAAUACUCUAUGCGGGAUGGUUUGCUAUUUUACAAGAACCGCAUCUUCAUUCCAUCUGCAGACCGUUCGCUUGUCCACCUCAUUUUACAGGAAUUCCAUUCAUCGAGAUUGGGUGGCCAUGCUGAGUUCUUACGUACUUUUUCUAGUGUUCCUGAUCACUUCUAUUGGGAUCAAAUGCAUUCUGACAUUCGAGACUUUGUGCGAACUUGUCAAGGUUACACUGUUAUCUUUGUGGUGGUCGAUCGUUUAUCCAAAUAUGCUCACUUUGCCCCUUUGCAUUCUAAUUUUACUGCGGUUCAGGUGGCUGUUGUUUUUCUAUCUAUUAUGGUCAAAUUACAUGGCUUUCCAAGCUCCAUUAUAUCCGAUAGGGACAAGAUUACCCCCAUAAAUGGUAUGACACCUUUCAAAGUACUGUACGGUCGCGACCCUCCCAGCAUCGUCCCCUUGUUUGUUCAUGAUGGUACUCCUCCAGAUAUUCAAACUCAACUCCAGCAGCGUGAUUUGUUACUUUCAGAACUCAAAGGCAACCUUCUCAAAGCACAAAAUUGUAUGAAACUUUACACUAAUCGCCACCGUACUGAACUUCAAUUUAAUGUGGGUAAUUUUGUCUUUGUCAAGCUCCAAUUGUAUCGUCAACAUUCGGUUCGUUUACAACACCAACAAAAAUUGGGGAUGCGUUAUUUUGGUCCCUUUAAAGUCUUAUCUCGUAUUGGUACUGUUGCUUAUCAUCUCGAGCUCCCUUCUUAUGCCAAAAUCCACCCUGUCUUCCAUAUCUCGUUGUUGAAGCCUUGUCGUGGUGAUCCUACUCCUAAUAUCAUUCCGUUGCCGUUGACUGCUCUAGUUGACCUUAUGGACAAGGUCCAGCUUAAAGGGGAGGGUAAUGUUAUGGUGGAGGAUAGUGGGCAGAAUAAUGCAGUUAAGUAUAGCAAACGUGUAACUCGGGUUCCCUUAUGGUUUAGGGAUAAUUAA